AUGCCUCCGUCUGGUUCAGUGAACACCCCCGCCCCUCCCGCUGGGAAGCGGACCCAGCACUGCUCCCGCGGCGCACAGCCAGGGGAGAGGCAGUCCCCCGAGGCGCUGACCUGUCAGGAGCAGAGUGGAAGCCGGAAGGGGCGCAGCUCUGCAGCGAGGGCUUCCUGGAGGAGGGUGGUGGUGGGGCCCCCAGCCUGUGCACACGCGCGUGGCCACAGUCCUUGUGUUUCUGAGGAGGACAUGCGGGCUGCGCUGCAGGGGGGCGGUGGCGGUCAGUGGGGCCCUCGGGGCCGCAGGGGCCGGCCGGCUGUGACGUCCCAGAAGGGAGAGGCCGGGGGCCAGGAGGCGCCGAGAAAGUGCCAGGCGUGUGGCUUUGGAGGUUCCCUGCACAGGAGGGGCUGCCUCCUGGAUGCUGGGCCCCUGGGCUGGGCUUGGGAAGCGAACAGCUCAGGGCCCACCGUUUCAGGCUCACGUCUGGUCUCCCCGCUGCUCAUGUGGAAGCCCUACGAGGCUCCGGGCUGCGCCGACUGGCCCCUCACCUCUGUCUGUCGGCAGAUGCUGCCCAUCCUGUCUCCAGUGGAGCCUGGAGUCCGGCCCUACCAGGCAUCCAUGUGGCCCCUCUGGUCUCUCGUCACUGACAUCAUCACCUCGGUGCUCAGAGCCUGCCCUCACCUGCACCACCCCGCCUCCCCGUCCACCUGUCACCUCCAUGGCGCUCGCCGGCCCAGACGCGGUAACGUGACUGUGAUGUUCAAGUACAGCCCCACCACCGUCACCUCUCAGCCGCUGGGGGAACCGGCCUCCUCCGCGGUCCAGGAGAGGCUGGAGGGGACGGGCCAGAAGCCCUAA